AUGCCCUCAUUCAUACCAGCCACCCAUCCUUCAUCGCUGGAUAAUCUCUUCAUCAACACCCCCAGAUACAUCUUUCCAGCUACUACCAUCAUGGUCGGACGAACGCCCCCACACCCACAUCCGUCCGUGACAGAACUCGCCCUUCUCUCCCUCCCGGCCGCUGACGGCCUCAUGGCCCCACCCAUCCUCUCAAGUCUCGCAAAGGCCAAAGGCGCAAUGCAGCGCUUCUCCGGCCAGCCCUUCACGUACGUGCAUCUAGCGCCGGAACAUCCGGAUUUGGUGUUGAUUAUCGGCGGCUGGCCGUCGGUGAGGUUUCAUAUUGAGGAGUGGAUACCUUGUGAGGAGAAUGCGGCGUUUGUGGAGGAGUUGAAAGGGUUGGGGGUUGGGGUUCGGUGGAUGUGGCAUGUGGGGGGGGGGAGGGGGAAGGUGGAGAGGGGGUUGUUUAGGGAGGUGGAAGAAGGAGACCGGGGAGGGGAGAGGGUGAGGGUUUGGCGGGCGGGGGUGCGGAGGGAGAUGGUGGGGGAAGCUGAGCGGGUUUUACUGGCGGUGGAUGCGGGGGAGAAGGUGGAUGGGGGUGUGAAAUUCAGUGGGCAGGGGUGGAUUGGUGGGUGGAGAAUUGACGAGGGAUUCCUGGGAGAGGGAGAGCAAGAGAGAAGUCUGAGGAGGGAGGGCGAGACGGAGGAGCUCGUCGUCGUUUUAAGGACUGGCGAGGACUUGCAGAAGACUAAUGACAUAGAAAAGGUAUUGGGGAAGCUUGAGGGCAUGGUGGAGAGGCUGGAGGUUCGCGAGGGCUUCGUGCUUGAUGUCUGA